AUGGGCUCCGAUGUCCGAGACCUCAACGCGCUGCUGCCCUCCGUGCCCUCCCUGCCGGGCAACAGCAACUGCACCAUGCCGGUGAGCAGCGCGGCGCAGUGGGCCCCCGUCCUGGACUUCCCCCCGGGGGCUUCCUACGGUUCUCUGGGGCCUCACUCCUUCAUCAAGCAGGAGCCCAGUUGGAACGGGUCGGACCCUCACGAGGAGCAGUACCUAAGCGCUUUCACCGUUCACUUCUCCGGCCAGUUCACCGGCACUGCAGGGGCUUGCCGCUAUGGGCCCUUCGGCGCCCCGCCGCCCAGCCAGCCGCCCUCCGGCCAAGCUCGGAUGUUCCCUAACGGGCCCUACCUGCCCAACUGCUUGGAGAGCCAGCAAGCGAUCCGCAACCAGGGUUACAGCACCGUGGCGUUUGACGGGACCCCGAGCUAUGGUCACACGCCGUCCCACCACGCUGCUCAGUUUACAAACCACUCCUUCAAACACGAGGACCCCAUCGGCCAGCAGUCCUCGCUAGGGGAUCAGCAGUACUCCGUGCCUCCUCCGGUGUACGGCUGUCACACACCCACCGACAGCUGCACGGGCAGCCAGGCCCUGCUCCUCCGGACUCCCUAUAACAGUGACAAUUUAUACCAAAUGACCUCACAGCUUGAGUGCAUGACAUGGAAUCAAAUGAACUUGGGAUCCACGCUGAAGGGCCAUACAGCAGGAUAUGAGAAUGAGAACCACAGUGCUCCCAUGUUAUACAGCUGUGGGGCCCAAUACAGAAUACACACCCAUGGAGUUUUUAGAGGCAUACAAGAUGUCCGACGGGUGCCAGGAGUAGCUCCGACUAUUGUCCGAUCAGCAAGCGAGACAAACGAGAAACGCCCCUUCAUGUGCGCCUACCCUGGCUGCAACAAGAGAUACUUUAAGCUGUCCCAUUUACAGAUGCACAGCAGAAAGCACACUGGUGAGAAACCUUAUCAGUGUGAUUUUAAGGACUGUGAACGAAGAUUUUCUCGUUCAGACCAACUCAAACGACACCAAAGACGACACACAGGUGUGAAGCCCUUCCAGUGUAAAACCUGUCAGAGAAAGUUCUCCAGAUCUGAUCAUCUGAAGACUCAUACCAGGACUCAUACAGGUAAAACAAGUGAAAAGCCUUUCAGUUGCCGGUGGCCCAGCUGUCAAAAAAAAUUUGCCAGGUCUGAUGAAUUAGUUCGUCAUCACAACAUGCACCAGCGGAACAUGACUAAACUGCAGUUGGCCCUUUAG